AAGAGGCGCAGUGUCACUCCUCAUCGCAGCGGGGGAGAGAAAGGCUCGGCUAACGUUUGGCUGGAAGUUUUUCGGAUUGCUGUCGUUUUAAUCGGUUUGUUUUAGCAGAACAUGAACAGGAGGGGGUAGCGUUGAUUUUUAGCCCCGAUAACUGUAAGUUUGAGCGUUUGAUCGCGUGUUAUUUCUGAUUUAAACUGAAGAGUAGCUCGCAGCUGAUCGACAGCAGCACUUUGUGAAGAGUUUGGGCGUGUGGCUGCUGCUUCUCCGUUUGACCAACUUGUGCAUGUUUUAUUUUUGAGGUUUUUGGUUGUUUUUUUAAGAAGAAGGAAGGCCUGGUUAAAAAUGGGGUGCACUUUGAGCUCGGAGGAUAAAGUGGCUCAGGAGAGGAGUAAAAUGAUCGACAGAAAUUUGCGGGACGACGGAGAGAAAGCGGCGAGGGAGGUCAAGCUGCUUCUUCUGGGUGCUGGUGAGUCAGGGAAGAGUACAAUUGUCAAACAGAUGAAAAUCAUCCAUGAGGCAGGCUACUCAGAGGAAGAAUGCAAGCAGUACAAGGCCGUGGUGUACAGCAACACCAUCCAGUCCAUCAUCGCCAUCAUCAGGGCCAUGGGCCGCCUGAAGAUCGAUUUCUCCGACGCUGCCCGUGCUGAUGAUGCGAGGCAGUUGUUUGUGCUGGCUGGCUCAGCUGAGGAGGGCUACAUGACUGGAGAGCUGGCUGGAAUCAUCCAGCGCCUGUGGAAGGAUGGGGGAGUCCAGGCCUGCUUCAGCCGCUCCAGAGAGUACCAGCUCAAUGACUCUGCUUCAUACUACCUAAACGAUCUGGACAGGAUAUCGAGCGCCGCAUAUGUCCCCACUCAGCAGGAUGUCCUGAGAACCAGGGUGAAGACCACUGGUAUUGUGGAGACCCACUUCACCUUCAAGGAUCUUCAUUUCAAGAUGUUUGAUGUGGGUGGCCAGAGAUCAGAAAGGAAGAAAUGGAUCCACUGCUUUGAGGGGGUGACCGCCAUCAUUUUCUGUGUUUCUCUGAGCGACUAUGACCUGGUCCUGGCUGAAGAUGAGGAAAUGAACCGGAUGCACGAGAGCAUGAAACUGUUUGACAGCAUCUGCAACAAUAAGUGGUUCACUGAGACCUCCAUCAUCCUCUUCCUCAAUAAGAAGGAUCUGUUUGAGGAGAAGAUCAAGAGAAGCCCUCUCACCAUCUGCUACCCAGAAUACGCUGGCUCCAACACUUACGAGGAGGCCGCUGCCUACAUCCAGUGUCAGUUUGAGGACCUGAAUAAGAGGAAGGACACCAAGGAGAUCUACACCCACUUCACCUGCGCCACAGACACCAAGAAUGUGCAGUUCGUCUUCGACGCCGUCACUGAUGUCAUCAUCAAGAACAACCUGAAGGACUGUGGACUUUUCUAGAGCUCGCCGCCACACGUGAGGGGAAAAAGGGCGUGGCAUCUUUGGGAGAAGCAGGGCUGGAGUGAGGUCAACCAUGAACACGAUGCGUUACGUAAACAUUUUAUUUAUGUUCUCUGAACAUUUUUAAAUGAUGUUUUAGGAAAAAGAAACCUUUUGUGUAAAAUAUUUGUACAACUGUAAUUGUUGCUGAAUUUUUUCACUGUUUUUUGGAAUAAUUUACAGGUCCUUUUUUGAAGGGUAUUUUUUCACUCUAAAAGGUUUUUGGGAACAUUUUUUCUUUUCUUUUUUUCCCCCCUUCUCUCUUUCUCUACUCUAGAUAUGAAGGUACAUGUGCCUUGCAUGUUUGCAGUUACUGUUGCAGUGCUUGAGUUUGUCAUCUAAGUUGUUCAAAUGUAGCUGUAGUCGUCGAUAUGUAAUCACUCGCCUAAUGUGAGCACAUUUCUUUGUAGAUGCAAACCUGAUUAUUAAAACGCUCUUUUGUUAGACCAAAUGCGAAUAGCUGACAAAAUUCCAAGGUAUACUGUGUGAAGCCUGACCCAUUUAGAGAGAUUUCUCUGCGUGCUGCCCCUUCUUAUCCACUUGGACGGGCUUUUUCAGAGCAGCUGUCGUUAAACAGAAUUUGCAUGCAUCAUGUGAAAUUCACCUGUAGUUGGAACGACGAAUGAUGACCAAGAUACUCACUCAGAACUCAGAAAAUAGCUAGAGGUUAGUGGAAUGAGGCCGAAUAAGGAACUCGGCACAGUUUCAAAGAGGAACGUUUUUCUAAAAAAAGAUCGGAAAAAAAGUUCUGUUUAGAGGUGUAGACAAGGAAAUGGGCAUUUAUUGAUCAAAGGGAGUAGCUUUUUUUGUUUUUUUGUUUUGUUUGUUUCUUUCUUUCAUUUUCUCUUUUUUUUUUUUUUUUUUUUAACUUUAAAAGGGACCAAAUGGUUUUACUGUUUAAUCCAUAAUUUCUGUAGCAAACAAGCACCCAGAUAAUUCUCAUAUCAUCAGACUAUUCCACUGCCUGUACAUGUUAAAUUUGGUAGAAACCAUGAAUUAUGUGAUAUAACAGACAUUCUCACAGUUAUUUAUGACAAAUUUGAAUGGUUUUAUGCAUUAUGUCCCUCUGUUCUCAUUGGUUGGGAACAAACAUUGACUAAUAUCCACUAUUUUGCUAAUAAAAUGUGCUGUGGUUAAAUCAUGGCAUCUUGAAAUAGAA